CUCUGAGGUCUGACCUCUCUUUGCUGAAGGCCCUGGAUGAAAUCUGAGCUGAACUUGAAGAUCACGACAUCAAAGCGCCUGAGAAGUGUGGAAGUAUUUUGGAUUCAACAAGAAGCGCUCGGUGGUGAAAUAAGACACUUCUCACAAGAAGACGUACAGCAGUCACCAUUUUGUCUGAAUUCAGGCCGGCUGUCUGAGGAAGAAGCAUGAGUUCUCCAAAAAAGAAAGAGAGAAGUGCAAAAAAAUGCAGAUCUCACCACUGUCAACAAUGUGAGAAAGACUUCCCUACUUCACAUCGUUUAAAGAUUCAUCAAAGAAUUCACUCUGGAGAGAGACCCUACAGUUGUGACCAGUGUGAGAAAGCUUUCACUACCGUCCAUUAUCUAAAAAGCCACCAGCGUACUCACACUGGAGAGAGACCCUACAGCUGUGACCAGUGUGAGAAAACAUACACCUCUCCAGGAAAUCUAACAAUUCACAAGAGAGUACACACGGGAGAGAAACCGUUUCAUUGCCAGGAGUGUGGCAAUACAUUCAGAACACAUGGGCAUCUACAAGGUCACUGUAAAAGAUAUCACACUGAUGAGAAACCUCAUAGCUGUAAGCAGUGUGACAAAGCAUUCAAGACGGCGGGAGACCUAAAGGUUCAUGAGAGAGUUCACACUGGAGAGAAACCAUACAGCUGUGAGAAAUGUGGGAAAACCUUUUCAAGGUCAAGUAACUAUAGAACCCACCAACAAACCCAUAGUGGAGAGAAACCCUUCAGCUGUGAGCAGUGUGGGAAAACUUUUUCUCGGUCAUGUCACCUCAAGAGUCACCAAAUCAUUCACACUGGAGAGAAAUCGCACCGCUGUGAUGAAUGUGGGAAAACCUUCACUCGACUAGAAGGCCUAACAAUCCACCAACGUAUCCACACUGGAGAGAAACCGUACAACUGCAGGCACUGUGAGAAAGCUUUCAUUUCUUCAACAGAUCGCAGGGUACAUGAACGAAUCCACACUGGACUAAAACCAUACAGCUGUGAGGAGUGUGGGAAGAGUUUCACUCAGCUGUCUGCUUACAAGAAUCAUAGAAACAUCCACACUAAAGAAAAAACCUACCCCUGUCAGCAAUGUGGGAAAGUCUUUACUUUCUCCAGUUCAUUAAAGUAUCAUGAAAGUAUCCACACUGGAGAAAAACCCUACAAGUGCAAACAUUGUGAGAAAACAUUCCCUUCAUCAAACACAUGCCAAAGACACGAGCGUGUCCACACUGGAGAGAAACCAUACAGCUGUGAGCCAUGUGGGAAGAGUUUUAGUAGUUCAUCUUCAUAUCACAAACACAAGCUUUUCCAUGCUGGAGUCAAACCACACCAGUGUCAACACUGUGACAAAGGUUUCUAUUCAUCAUCCAAACUCUCAGAGCAUCAGCGUGUCCACACAGGAUGUAAACCGUACUGCUGUGAACAGUGUGGGAAAUCUUUUUCUCGAUCAAAUAACCUAAAAAUCCACCGUGUUCACACUGGAGAGAAACCGUACUGGUGUGAACAGUGUGGGAAAACUUUCAGUAGAUCAGGUCACCUAAAAAUCCACCAACGUGUUCACACUAGAGAGAAACCGUAUUGGUGUGAACAGUGUGGGAAAAUGUUAGCUCAAUCAGGUCACCUAAAAAUCCACCAACGUGUUCACACUGGAGAGAAACCGUACUGGUGUGAACAGUGUGGAAAAACUUUCACUACAUCAGGUGAACUUAAAAUCCACCAACGUGUUCACACUGGAGAGAAACCGUACUGGUGUGAACAGUGUGGAAAAACUUUCCCUACAUCAGGUGAACUUAAAAUCCACCAACGUGUUCACACUAGAGAGAAACCGUAUUGGUGUGACCAGUGUGGAAAAAUGUUUGCUGAAUCAGGUAACCUAAAAAUCCACCACCGUGUUCACACUGGAGAGAAACCAUACUAUUGUGAACAGUGUGGGAAAACCUUCAGUAGAUCAGGUCACCUAAAAAUCCAGCAACCUGUUCACAAUGGAGAGAAACCGUACAGCUGUAAACAGUGUGGGAAAACUUUCACUACAUCAGGUAACCUAAAAAUCCACCAACGUGUUCACACUAGAGAGAAACCGUAUUGGUGUGAACAGUGUGGGAAAACUUUCACUACAUCAGGUAACCUAAAAAUCCACCAACGUGUUCACACUAGAGAGAAACCGUAUUGGUGUGAACAGUGUGGGAAAAUGUUAGCUCAAUCAGGUCACCUAAAAAUCCACCAACGUGUUCACACUGGAGAGAAACUGUACAGCUGUGAACAGUGUGGGAAAACUUUCAGUAGAUUAGAUCACCUAAAAAUCCACCAACGUGUUCACACUGGAGAGAAACUGUACAGCUGUGAACAGUGUGGGAAAACUUUCAUUACAUCAGGUAACCUAAAAAUCCACCAACGUGUUCACACUGGAGAGAAACCGUACUGGUGUGAACAGUGUGGGAAAAUGUUAGCUCAAUCAGGUCACCUAAAAAUCCACCAACGUGUUCACACUGGAGAGAAACUGUACAGCUGUGAACAGUGUGGGAAAACUUUCAGUAGAUUAGAUCACCUAAAAAUCCACCAACGUGUUCACACUGGAGAGAAACUGUACAGCUGUGAACAGUGUGGGAAAACUUUCAUUACAUCAGGUAACCUAAAAAUCCACCAACGUGUUCACACUGGAGAGAAACCGUACUGGUGUGAACAGUGUGGGAAAAUGUUAGCUCAAUCAGGUCACCUAAAAAUCCACCAACGUGUUCACACUGGAGAGAAACUGUACAGCUGUGAACAGUGUGGGAAAACUUUCAGUAGAUUAGAUCACCUAAAAAUCCACCAACGUGUUCACACUGGAGAGAAACUGUACAGCUGUGAACAGUGUGGGAAAACUUUCAUUACAUCAGGUAACCUAAAAAUCCACCAACGUGUUCACACUGGAGAGAAACCGUACUGGUGUGAACAGUGUGGGAAAAUGUUAGCUCAAUCAGGUCACCUAAAAAUCCACCAACGUGUUCACACUGGAGAGAAACUGUACAGCUGUGAACAGUGUGGGAAAACUUUCAGUAGAUUAGAUCACCUAAAAAUCCACCAACGUGUUCACACUGGAGAGAAACUGUACAGCUGUGAACAGUGUGGGAAAACUUUCAUUACAUCAGGUAACCUAAAAAUCCACCAACGUGUUCACACUGGAGAGAAACCGUACUGGUGUGAACAGUGUGGGAAAACUUUCACUACAUCAGGUGAACUUAAAAUCCACCAACGUGUUCACACUGGAGAGAAACUGUACAGCUGUGAACAGUGUGGAAAAACUUUCACUACAUCAGGUGACCUAAAAAUCCACCAACGUGUUCACACUGGAGAGAAACCGUACAGCUGUGAACGGUGUGGAAAAACGUUUGCUGAAUCAGGUAACCUAAAAAUCCACCAACGUGUUCACACUGGAGAGAAACUGUACAGCUGUGAACAGUGUGGAAAAACUUUCAACCAGCCAAGUAAACUUCAAAUUCACCAACGUGUUCACACCGGAGAGAAACCGUACAGCUGUGAACAGUGUGGAAAAACUUUCAGUAGAUCAGGUGAACUUCAAAUCCACCAACGUGUUCACACUGGAGAGAAACCGUACAGCUGUGAACAGUGUGGAAAAACUUUCAGUAGAUCAGGUAACCUAAAAAAGAACCAACGUGUUCACACUGGAGAGCCAACACUACUAAAUACCCAAACACAUUGGUUAUCGGCUGAAAUAGUCAUUUGAGGCUGUGGAAACUCUUUAAGAAGACCAUGGGAUGUGGUCCAAAGCUCCAACAAAGAGGUAGUAUGUGAGGCUUGAGUUCAGACUCAUUCUCUUUGAUUCUUCAAGAAGCAGACAAGCUGUCAACAUGGCCCCUGCACCAUCUCCUCUGUGGGUUAUUUGUACUUUUUGUAACAGUUAAUGUGUCCUUAUAAUUAAUGUGUUGUAUAAAUAUAUGAAAUGCGAAA